GGCGUCACUUCCUGUUUGGGGUGGGUGUCACAUGACCAAAUUGAAAGCGUAUGAUGUGAACGUUCCUGUGAUUAACUUUACUUGGGGCUUGAACACAGCACCGGGACAUCGUCCAUUAGAGCCCCCCGCUGUACGGGUUCGGUUGUUCACUACAGGGCCACACACACACACACACACACACCAUGCACCCGCCAGUCUCUUAUCGCAGUGCCCCCCUGCAGACGAGCCUCUCCUCGGCCUGAGCUCCAGUACUACCCCCCUCCUCCUUCUCCCCCUCCAAACAACAUGGAUCCCGAGCAGCGGACCGGCCCUCCAGCCCGUCCCGGCGCGGACCACCUCUCGUGGGACCACCGCCUCCAGCUCAUCUCCCUGGGCUUCUGCGUCUACGCGGGCAUCUUCCUCCUGUCCCACCUGCUGUCCGUGACGCUGUCCCGCACCUACACCUCCCUGGUGGCCAAGGAGAAGGUCUUCUGGAACCUGGCGGCGACGCGCGCGGUGUUCGGCGUCCAGAGCACGGUGGCCGGUCUGCGGGCGCUGACCGAGGACUCGGCCCUGACCAGGGACCGGACGCGGGGACAGGAGGACUGGUCGUGGUUCAACGUCCUGACGGCCACCGGGUUCUUCGUGUUCGAGAACGUGGCGCUGCACGGCUCCAGCGCGGUGUUCCGGUCCUUUGACCUCCCGCUGGCCACGCACCAUUUCUUCGCGCUGUCCGGGUUCGCGUCGUUGGUGGUUUGGGACUCCACGGGACACUUCCUGUCCAUGGUCACGCUGCUGCUGGAGAUGAGCACGCCGUUCACCUGUAUCUCCUGGAUGUUACUGAAGGCUGGCUGGGCACACACCUUGUUUUGGAGAGCCAACCAGUGGGUGAUGAUCCACUCGUUCCACUGCCGAAUGGUGCUCACCUACUUCAUGUGGUGGGUGUUCUUGACCCACUGGGCAGAGUUCAGCUCCCACGUGGCCCUCCCCCCACGCCUGCUCCUAUUCACCGGCCUCGCUCUGCUGACGUUUGUCAUCAACCCCAUCUGGACGCACAAGAAGACCAUGCAGCUGCUCCAUCCCGUGGACUGGAACUUUGGGGAGAAGCGCGCGCCCCUGACCGGGGCCGCGGGGGGUCGGCCUGCGGUGUCCGUCAAACAGCACGCCAGCUGAGGGGUACCGAAGGGGGGGGCGUUUUUCACCAUCUCAGAGAUGCCAUAGCUUUUUCUUUUGCUAAUGAAUGUUGGAACGCUCUACAAAACAACUUCCUUGUGCUGUAAGUGGACUCUGUUCAGCACAAAGGAAGAUUAUCAGGUUUUAUCUUCAGAAUAUUUGCCUCCUACAUUGUCUUCCUUCAGACUCAAUUUGCAUAAUUAUUUUUCUUUUCAUCCCGUGUUCUUAUCAUUUAAAAGGUUUGCUUGUGUAGAGCAGUGGGAAGGAGCACUAGCUUGUUUGCAUCGCAUUUCGAGACACUGUGUUGGGAAAUUUCCAGUUAACCAAUCAUGUAUUUGUUAUUUAUUCACAACUGAAGAGGAUGCAUGUGAUGGGGCUUCUUACAGGAGCCUCUGAGGUGCUAAAACUUGCAAAUCAAAGUCCCGUUUAAAGCGGAUGCGUAAUACUUUUCGAGGCCACUCUCCACCUACGGAACUGAAAGAUUUACACCCGUUGAUGCUCAAGGGAGUGUGUAUGUUUAAAUAUAUAUAUUUUAAAUAUACAUGUUUAAAUAUACACUUCUGCUUUUGGUCUUUUCAGGGAGGGCUUUGUCAUGUAUGGUUCCUGCGGUGCUUUUACAACAGACAUCGUUGUUCAGCAGAGUUAAGUUUUAUGAAUGGGGCUUGGUCGGUUAGUCAUUGAAGCCAUUACAUACUAAGAGGACAAUUGGAUCAGUCCACUCAUGAGUCACAUUGGCGGUUUUGGACUGGGAAUCGUCUUUCAGCAGAGACGGGAAUGUUCGCCGUGGUCAUGAAAGAUAAGGCCGUUUAACACAGUCUCUAUUCACGCAGGACUGGUCCUCUCCAUAAAGGCUCUUUUGUCCGAAAUGGAGAUGUCAUGUGGGGUAACUAAAGCAGUCUACUGAUUUUAACCAAGCUAUUUGAUGGUCAUAAUGACUUUGGGGUUACCGUAUGUGUCAAAUUAAGUUUUCAUUUUGACAUAUGCAAAAACUUAAAUACAAUGGCCUCAUUGUAUAGGAAGCCUUUGGUUUCUCAGUCGUUAUCAAAUCUGUCAUCAGCAGUUUUGUUUAAUUCUCUCUCUGCUGUAAACUCUCAUCCUUUACCGUAUUUUACAUUUACCAGCAGUGUUUUGGCUUUAACGGUAUUGUAGCUCAUUUUUUAUUCUAUAUAUAUAUAAGCCAGAGAGUAUUGGACAUUUCAUCAUUAACAUUUUACCAUCGGUAUUCAUCUAACCCAACUUCUUGAUGAUGGGAAUUAACAGUUUUAUUUUAUUCCACUCUUGUUGGGUAGAUAUUCUUUUGCUUUUAUAUACAUUGAACAACCUCGGUGACUUUAAUGACACAUAAGUUUCAAGAAAAUGUAUUAAUAACAACCCUACAUCAAUUUCCCUCUAACUGUAUAUUUGAAAAGACUAUUGUUACUAAAUAAUACUUUUCUCUUAGUAAUAAAGCCUAUAAUUGGUACAAUGCAUUGGGUGGAGGACUCUGUAAGAUCCAAGCUUCAACAUUUUUGUGUCGUGAAAUGCUUUUGAUGAGUGACACAAUAAAAUGUUUGCUGCAUUGAUCCCUGUGAUUUUCUUCAGGCUGUGCAACAGAGCGUCCGCCUGCAGGGGGCGGAAUAAGCGUAACUCCGUGUGUUGCCCUAGUUCUGCUCUGACCUGACAUCCAUGGCGUUGACAUGUUUUCCCUGCCCAUAUAAAGUCCCAAAAAGAUGAGUGCAUUUAUUUUUGAACGU